UAUAUAUAACCUGUUCACACACUCCUCUUACACAUAACUUGUCUCUUUCUCUCUCUUACUAUUUCUUCAUCUUCCCUUGCAUGUAUUCAUAGACAUCGAUCAAUAAUCACUGUUUGAUUAAUUGUCUUGUCUCAGUUUCGAUACCAUAUAAUGUUGUCAGAAAUGGACAUGGGUACGGAGGAACUCGUGCUGGGGUCUUGUAACCACGACACGACCCAGAUAGCAAAAGGGAAACGCACGAAGCGGCGCGUGAGGCCUUUGUCUCCUUGUGCCACCGCCAUGACUUCUAGCUGUUCGAGUGGCGGUGGGUCGUUUUCAUCUACCACCUUUGAAGGAACUGACCAAGAAGAAGAAGACAUGGCUAAUUGUUUGAUUCUUCUAGCACAAGGAAGAGGAGGGGAUGAUUCUGAUCACAAACACCACCAACAACAACUUGAACAUGUUCAUGGUGUUGAUGUUAAGACUAACAGCAAUAUGGGUAGCACCAAAAUCAAUUUUUAUGUUUAUGAGUGCAAAACAUGUAACCGAACAUUCCCUUCUUUUCAAGCACUAGGUGGCCACAGAGCAAGUCACAAGAAACCCAAGGUAAUAGAGGGAAAUCGCAAGUCUUUGAUUGCUUGUGAUUUUGAAGAAGCUAAACAAAGCCAUGUUAGGAUUUCCCUUCAAUUGGGGUGUGGUAAUAGUAAUAAUAGAGGUGGCAACAAGUCCAAGAUUCACGAGUGUUCCAUUUGUGGGUCAGAAUUCACUUCGGGGCAAGCACUGGGUGGUCACAUGAGGAGGCACAGAGCUUCUAACAAUAAUGGUGCUGUUCACAACGCUUUUGAUGCUGGUGUUGAAGUUAAGCCUCGGAAUGUUCUAGAAUUGGAUCUUAAUCUUCCGGCGCCGGAGGAUGAUGUCCGGGAGUCUAAGUUUCAGUUUCCGGCGAAUCAAAGUUCUAUGGUGCUGUCGGCUGCUCCGGCUUUGGUGGGUUGCCAUUAUUAGGCGCCAGGGUGGGAAUUGGAUGAAGGGGGCAAAAAAAGUUAUAUUAUUUGAUCAAUGAUCAUUGUGAAUUAUUAGCUUUAUUUUAAUUUACAAUUAUUCUUAAUUAUCGAUUCUUUGGAAUUUUUUUUUUGGGUUUAUUAAUAAUUUCCCAUUUGGAUGACCUACUUGUUCAAGUUUUGGAAUACUUUGAGUAAGUAAGUGGUUAGUGUUCAUGGUUGCCUUUCAUUCACGAAAAGUGAGUCAUAGAGCAUCUUUAUUUCUUUUUUUUAAUCUUUUUAAAAAAUUUAAUGUUUUGGGUCUGUAUCUGGUUCUAGUUUGGAUUUUAUUCAGAGAUAGUGAUGUGUAAUACUGAAGAGCAGGAGGAGAUAGAUGUAGUAGUGGCAUGGAUGGGCAUGGCUAGGGUUUGGUUGCACCACCACCACAACCAAAGUU